AAAUUUGCUCACUAGAAAGGGGCGAGAGCAAACAUGCACUGAAAAAAUUCUACCGUUUUAAGCAGAAUUAAACAAACGACGUCGCAGCGUGUAGAUGUUUGUUUAUAUUUAUUUUAAGGAAAAAAUUAAAUGAGAUUAAAAUUGUGGAUGGAUUUUUUUUAAUAACCAGUUGAAUUCGCAAUUUCGUUACAUUUUUUCGGGUUUAUCCAGGAAUUGAACGAGAAAAUGCAAAUGCUGGUUCUGAUGAUUCAACUUCUGGACUUAAGAGCCAUGGCACCCAAGUUUAAGAAACCUAAAACUCCAGUUACUUCAAACAAAACAGUUCAACAGGAUAUUCGGAUUCUGGCGGAAAACAUCAGGUCCCAGGUAUCGCGAAAGAAGUCUAAAGAUUGUGCCUCAAAUCAGGAGGUUUCGAAUUUGCCGCCACGCAAGAGAAUAAGGUUUGAACCAACGAUCGAAGAAACGCUGGCCGCAGAGGAGGAUCUUCAAAAUAAAGAAAUUGUCCCGGUCGAAAACCAUUACGCGAGGGAAAUAUUCUGGAGCAAGACUAACGUUCGAGAUGUUGCCCGCAGGGCUGUGAUUCGGAUCUAUGGCAGCGAUUUGAGCGAGGAAAAGCUGAACAGCAAAACCAAUCAUCACUGGAAAAAGUUGUACCGUAAUUUUGUUAACGAUCCUAAGUACCGUAUCCGGGAGCCUUUAAAUGAGCUUCGGUUCGAAAGCAGUUACUACGAAUAUCGGUUCUUUUUGGCGCUGAACAAACCUCUCAGAAGCGAGGAAGAGUAUCAGCACUACCGGAGCCUGCUGGCAACGGCUGGCGUUGAGGAAUGUUUCGUUACGAUGAGGAAGGCUAAUCUGUUGUUGAAAUAUGAGGAUUCCAUUAUUAGGAAGGUUCAAAGACAAAAUCGGAACUGGAGUGGCAAGUUAGAUAAGUUGCACCAGUAUUUGCUGGAUGCACACGAGCUGCAUGAACGGAAACGAAAACCACAACACUCGGACUCCGGUAUUGAUCCACUUCUGGCCGCCAUCUUAUACGAAUCGAACGCCAAAAUUCGUCAUUCCGAAUCGACGAUUCGUCAGAUUUUCCCAGUUCUCAGAAUUCGAUUGGAAGAAAAGUGUGAUCGAAUUAAAUGGUUAGUCUUUAACAACGACAAUUUGAACCGGGAGUAUGCACUUGGGAAGUACCAAAAGCCACCCUCUUUAAAUGUCUCGGAGCAGGUUUCUUCGGAAGAUAAUAGUCCUGGCAAUAGUUCGCAAAAUUCAGAAAUAGUACAAAUGCGCUCGGAAAUGGCGACAACUCAACCGACCGAGAUUGUGCUUCCUGGGACUCAUGGUACAAUGUUUUUCAAUACCGAAGAAUUGAUAAAUGCUUUGCAACCAACUCAAAAGUCUCAACCAGAUCAAAUUCCUGCAGCAGUGGAAGUGCCUACACUAGAUAUACCAAUUUUACCAGAAGAUGAACCACCGGAACAGCAUGUAAAUCGAAUGACAGCGCAACCUUCUCCAGAACAUUCGGUUGAACCUCUCACUGAACCCCUCACUAAAUCAUCUGUUGAACCAAAUGAUGUACCUUCUGAAGUACUUACAGCUAAUCCAUCUGCCGAGCUUCCAAUUGAACGAGAGGCUUCCGUUGUAGAAAACAUCAUUGUAUUAUCGGAUUCGGACGAGUCUCCUGCUGAAGGAAGUUCAUCUAAGGCAUACACGCUUGAAUUUCUUAGGAAAUUUACCAACAUUGAAGAAAGAGUGGCCCAAGAAAUGAGGAAGAAAUUCCCCGAUCAGAGCCAAAACACGGUGGCUAAACUAGAUAAAUAUCUUAACAAAUACUUCAGUUUCGAAAAAGCAACUUUUUCUCAAGGAAAACUGCCUUGCGGUAUUGUGUUUUUGAACAAAUCACAGAUUAGGGAGAAGAAAAAUGUGGAACGAAAUCAAAUAACCAAAUCAGCGAUCUCGACUAAUUCAUCGGAAAGCCUCUGUUCAGUAUCAGAACCUAGAAAGUCCAAAGUCGUUCAUAUCGCCACCCCGAUACCCCGGCCAAAGACUCCUGUACCCAAAACAAUUCAAUACGAUGAAGACUCCCCCCAACCGCUCACAAAUGCUCGUCCAGACACCAUGCCUAUGCCGGACUCGGAGAAUUUCGCACCCGAAUACAGCUCCACUCAGAACGAACCGAUGUAUGUACGGCAAGCAACGCCAUUCGUCUCUCCUGUUCGAUCUUCCCCUACAACUUCCCGGGAAGCUUCGAGACGAUCAUUUCAGGAAUCAACCGUGAACAUUACGGUUCUUCAAACGAACUACUCCCCCAAACCUAAAAAUUCAGUUACCAUUAAACGAGAACCUUUAAACUGCUCCAAUUAUGAGGGUGAAGUCGAAUUUGUCCCGCUUAGCAACAGCGCGAUUCUGGUGGAUGAUUCACUCUCCGCCGGCUGUAGUCAGGUGGAUGUUAACGAACUGAUCGAACGACGGAUAGCGGCCAACAGUGAAGACAGUGCUAUCGUGGGUGUUCCUUCGGUGCUCCGAGGGAUGGUGAAUCAAUUGUUUAUUGUUCAGCAGCAGAACAUCACACUUUCGCAGUCUAGUUCUGGCAGCGGAAGUAGUGGCAGUGGAACGCAAUCAUCCUCGAUUGGCAUCACUCCGGGACAGAAAAAUGGAGAUAACGUUGAAGUACGACAAGAGAGUCUGGUGGGGUUUCAGAAAGCCAACCCACCAAAAAGAAAUCUAUUCAAAUAGCAACAGAUCCAUCGGAUAAUGUUGCCCAGCACCAUGUGACCCAAUCUGUUAAUUGUAAAUACGUACCGAACAAAACCCCUGUGAUACGGCUCUCCUCGCGUCACUC